AUGGCCCUCAUCCGCGGGACAAUGAGCAGUCCGGACAAUACCACCGUCUUCGCGACCUGCGAACACCACAAAGUUAAUGUCCCCGCGCGGUCUGCGCAUUUGAGUUUGCGCGAGGAAUUGAGGAACGAAAUUGCAAAGAGAGGUGGGAGAGAAUGGUUAGACGAAGGCGUGGAGGAACUUAUCAAGAGUCGAAGGGAUAGGAGGAACAGAGUUGAGAGCGGGACCGUCAAGUUAUGA